CUCCACAGAGAACAUUUCCUCCCUCAUAUCUACCUGAUCCAGAUGGAAUCUUGAUGGAAGUGAACUAACCCUCUCAUAUCUAUUGAUGAUGUUUUUCUAUUUUUCCAGGACACGCCAUGGAGAAACCCUCAAAGGAUCGUCUCACUUUAUCUCCAGGUUGUAAAAUGGAAGAUGAGGACAUCACAGGAGAUUGUGGAGGAGAAAAGAUAAUGAGCUCCACUAUGGAUGGAGGACUUCACAGUGUGGAUAGACCAUGGAAUCCCUCCGACUCCGAGCAACCUCGUACUGUGAGGGGUGGUGCCGGGAUCCAGGGGGAGGAGACAUUUUCCCGUCCUGAAUGUGAGGAAAGUUCUAGCUCAGAAUUAAGUCUUUUUAAGCAUUCGAAAUCUCGCACAGGGGAGAGACCGUAUUCCUGUUCUGAGUGCGGGAAAUGUUUUCCACUGAAAUCAUCACUUGUCAGACAUAAAAAAUCUCACACAGGGGAGGGAACAUAUUCCUGUUCUGAGUGCGGGAAAUGUUUUUCAGUGAAGUCGGAUCUUUACGUCCAUCAAAGAACUCACACAGGCGGGGAGGUGCAUUCCUGCUCUGAGUGCGGCAAAUGCUUUAAAUGGAAAUCAGAACUUGUCAUGCAUCAAAAAUCCCACACAGGGGAAAGAUCAUAUGUAUGUCCUGAGUGCGGGAAAUGUUAUCCAGUGAAAUCAUCACUUGUCAGACAUCUAAAAUCCCACACAGGUGAGAAGCCGUAUUCCUGUACUGAGUGCGGGAAAUGUUUUGCAGAAAAGUCUAAUCUUUACAACCACCAUAAAAUUCACACUGGGGAGAAGCAGUACACCUGCUCUGAGUGCGGGAAAUGUUUUCUACAGAAAUCAGGGCUUGACAAACAUCAAACAUGUCACACAGGGGUCAGACCAUAUCCCUGUCCUGAGUGCGGGAAAUGUUUUACGCAGAGAUCAGCACUUGUCACACAUCAAAAAACCCACACAGGUGAGAAGCCGUUUUCCUGCUCCGAGUGCGGGAAAUCUUUUACAUUGAAAUUUGAACUUGUCAUACAUCAAAAAACCCACACAGGUGAGAGGCCUUAUUCCUGUCCUGAGUGCGGAAAAUGUUUUCUGCAGAUAUAUUCACUUGUUCGACAUCAAAGAAUCCACACAUGUGUGAAUCCUUAUUCCUGUUCUGUGUGCGGGAAAUGUUUUGCAGAGAAGUCCCGUUUUUACGACCAUCAAAGCACUCACACAGAGGAGAGGCCGUAUUCCUGCUCUGAGUGCGAGAAAUGUUUUAAACAGAAAUCAAAACUUCUCAGACAUCAAAGAAUGCACACAGGGAAGAAGCCGUAUACCUGCUCUGAGUGCGGGAAAUGUUAUGAACGGAAAGCCGAACUUGACAGACAUCAAACUUCUCACACAGGGGAGAGACCGUAUCGCUGUCCUGAGUGCGGGAAGUCUUAUCUGCGGAAAAUAACCCUUGUCAGACAUCAAAGAUCUCACACAGGGGAGAAGCCGUAUACCUGCUCUGAGUGCGGGAAAUGUUAUCUACUGAAAGCCGAACUUGACAAACAUCAAACUUCUCACACAGGGGAGAGACCGCAUCGCUGUCCUGAGUGCGGGAAGUCUUAUCCGCUGAAAAUAACACUUGUCAGACAUCUUAAAACCCACACUGGUGAGAAGCCGUAUUCCUGUUCUGAGUGCGGGAAAUGUUUUGCAGAAAAAUCCCAUCUUUACAUCCAUCUUAGAACUCACACAGGGGAGAAGCCGUAUACCUGCUCUGAGUGCGGGAAAUGUUAUCUACUGAAAGCCGAACUUGACAAACAUCAAACUUCUCACACAGGGGAGAGACCGCAUCGCUGUCCUGAGUGCGGGAAGUCUUAUCCGCUGAAAAUAACACUUGUCAGACAUCUUAAAACCCACACUGGUGAGAAGCCGUAUUCCUGUUCUGAGUGCGGGAAAUGUUUUGCAGAAAAAUCCUAUCUUUACAUCCAUCUUAGAACUCACACAGGGGAGAAGCCGUAUUCCUGCUCUGAGUGCGGGAAAUGUUAUUCAAUGAAAGAAAAACUUUUCAGACAUCAAAGGUCUCACACAGGGGUGAGACCGUAUUCCUGUCCUGAGUGCGGGAAGUCUUAUCCGCUGAAAUCAACACUGAACAGACAUCUAAAAUCCCACACCGGUUAAAGCGGGAGUUCACCCGA